AUGAUUAUUUUUCUUAAAUUAGAAAGAAGAUAUUUGGUCCGUGAAGCAGAGGAAGCUCGCAUUAAGGAUGAACUAUCGCAAGAUGACGAUAAUAUUAAUGGCAAUGGUAACGAUGUUAACGAUGUUAACCAUAACUAUAAUAACGGCAACAAUAAUGGUGACGAUAAUGAUGACGAUAAUAUAAUACGAGAAAAAGUAAACAUUAAAAAUUUAAACUGGGAAGAUGACGAUAAUAUUAAUGGCAACG